AUGAACGAUCGACGAUCGCCUCAAGAGCACAUGGACGUCGAGAGAAGAUCUUCUUCACCGAAGCGCAAGAAGAUACGUCAAAAGUACGCCCCCAAAGCAUGCGUAUCUUGUAGACGCUCAAAGCUCAAAUGCUCUGGCGAGAACCCCUGCCAGCGAUGUAUCGACAAUGGAAAACGGUGCUUCUUCUCAGAAGACCAGACGGCGGCUGAAGCCCUCCAGAACCUCAGCCGCUUGACACCUACGCACACGCCGUCAUCCACUCUUGUCGACAAUAACAAUCUACCCUCGAGGAAUCCACUGCCACGUAACGAGGCUCUGGAACGGCGGGAAAGCGACGUCAGCAUGGCUGAUAUGCCCUUGGAAGCCCGCAUGGCUCGGCUCGAAUCGACCAUGGAUGCGCGUAUGUCCCAUUUCGAGAGCACAAUAGACGCCCGCGUGGCGCGCUUGGAAACCACAAUGGACGCUCGCAUGGCUCGCAUUGAGAUGAUGAUGGAAGCAAUCAUGCACGAUCGAGGCAUGAGUAUACCGCCGUUACCAGGAGGUAUCGACCGCAAUGACAGCAACAGUGACGGCUUUCGAUAUGGAAGCUCCUUUGAUCCAGUCGACCCCAUUAACCCUGCCCUCGCUCACAUUGGACAACAGUCGACCUACUAUCUUCCCAUGCCGCCUGGAGCCCCUCCUCCAUCUGACCACUCGACAUCAUGA